UUGUCACCAACGCCAAACGAAGCCAACGGAAAACUGAAAACGCAAUCUUAACAAAAAUAAAAAGUUUGGCUUAAAAUUUAACAAGUUUCUCCAGCUCCAGAUACUUUCAACAUGAAAACCUACUUCGGCGAUCGUAUCGAGGACUACGAGGUUUAUGAAGUGCUGGGAAAAGGAGGAUUUGCAACUGUGUAUCGCGCAAAAUGUCUUCGCUCCGGGAUUUUUGUGGCUAUCAAAAUGAUCAACAAAAAUGCAACACAUUCGUCCGGCUUGACGAACCGCGUUCGGCAGGAAGUUUACAUUCACUCAAAGCUGAAACACCCAUCCGUACUAGAGCUGUACACCUUCUUCGAGGACAAUAUGUUCGUAUAUCUGGUACUGGAAUUGGCCAGCAACGGGGAGCUCCAGCAGCAUCUGCGCGCACGAAACUCUCCAUUCAAUGAAUACGAAGCCGCCCUUGUUAUGCGACAAGUGGUUGAAGGGUUGCUUUAUCUGCACUCGCAGCACAUUCUACAUCGUGAUAUAUCACUAUCCAAUAUUUUGCUGUCGACAAACAUGACAGUAAAAAUCGCUGAUUUUGGCCUGGCAACGGAGUUGAAUCGUGCGGACGAAAAGCAUCUUACUUUAUGCGGAACUCCUAACUUCAUCUCUCCAGAGGUAGUGUCUCGGGCAUCCCACGGCUUGCCAGCGGAUGUAUGGGGACUGGGAUGCCUGCUUUACACAUUGCUGGUUGGAAAACCCCCGUUCGACACCGAUGGUGUGAAAUCAACUCUGACGCGGGUAGUAAUUUCUAAUUACAUGAUCCCGGCAAAUAUUGCAUCCGACGCCAGUGAUCUCAUAGAAAGAUUACUGAAGAAAAAUCCGUCGGAAAGGAUAGCUCUGAACGAUGUUCUUGUGCAUCCUUUUAUGAAACGAUGCGAUCCAUGCUUGGGAAACGAUGGGUCCUCAAGAUCGAGAGAUGUAACGUCGGCCACCGAUAGCGGAAUGGGUACAAUGUCGAGUGCAGCUGCGGGAAAAUCCGAUUUAUUUUUCAAUCGCCCACGUAGUACAACGGAUGAACUUAAAAUAUCUAUAGCACAACAAUUCCCUGCGACAACCGACAGUCAAGUGUGUGGAUCGAAUGCAAAACAGACGGACCAGCAGGUGUCCCUAUUAAGCAAGUUCAAUAGUUUAGAACUAAUGGAAAAAUAUAACAUUAACAAAGCCGAAAUAACCGGUCAGGAUUUCGGUCAUGUGCCCAACUAUGGAUCGUACAGACCAACUUCGAAACAUUCUAUGGAAUGCGAAAUUACCCCGCAACAACCAGUUCAAAAAACAACUACGGUGGAAUGUCUUAAACUACAAGCUCCAGCCAUGUUUUCGGUCACUUCAAGUAACAAUAAUCGUAACGGGAUUGCAUCAGGACGUCAGCAAUUACCUCCACCGUUUAAUACCGCCCGACUACUUCCAGAUCGUCACCGUACAAAGCAUGUAAUUCUCAGCAUUAUUUCGACUGAGGGAGAAGUGGUGCUAGAGUUUUUGAAGCCCAAAGGCCGAUUACAAGAAGACCGCGUAGUAGAUGUUUGUAGAAUUUCGUCCAAUGGGAUGCAAUGCAUAUUCUACCAACCCGGUGGUAGCCGAGGAAUUCCAAUCAAGGAUAGGCCACCCGAUGUGCCUACGCAUGGAGCAUCAUGCUAUACUUAUGACAAUCUGCCGGAACACCACUGGAAAAAGUACACCUACGCAGCGCGAUUUGUAAAGAUGGUUAAAGCUAAAACACCGAAAAUUACCCUGUACAGUGACCAAGCAAAGUGUCAGUUAAUGGAAACUUUGGAAGAUUAUGAAGUAAUCUUCUAUGAUGGAUAUAAAAUGACGCAACAUUCAUCGGAUUACAUUAUAAAAAUGUUCGACACAGCUGGCAAUGUUCAUCGGGGUACUGUGGGUUUUCCUGCUGGCAGUGCAUUUAAGCAAAAACAUUUCUACGAAACUCUGGAACAUUGCCGCAACAUCGAUCGGAUGCUUUCAACAAUCGGAACCAAUGGUGCUACUUUUCCGGUGAUAAUCGGUCGCCGUCCGGCGUCCAAUGUUGUUGGAAUCAAAGAUGGCAGCAAAAUAGGAGAAGGGAAACUUGUAUGGCAAUCUUCUCCGGGAACGCCUUUGACUAAUCAUAGCAAUACUGCUAUGAGUUCGUUUGCUUUUUCUAUACAGUCGGAAAAACGAAGAGGAAUUCCACACGCAUCAAGCGAAACAAAGCGCCAGCAUGGAACAGGGAUAGGAACGUCCGAACUUUUCCGUUGUGAAUCUAUGCCAAUGUACUGCGAUGAUAGGAGACCGCUUUUGAAUGUAGCAAACGGACAAGAUACUGGGAUUCCAUGUCUUCCAUCGAAUCCUGCUAGUUCAUAUCAAUACACAAAUCUGCAGCAAGUUACAAAUCAUCUACGCCUAGCACCGGAAAUUCAUGAAAAUCGAAAGCAAAUGAAAAGUGAAGCGAACGCUGCCGGUUUUUUGCCGUUAUCGUAUACCAGCAGUCUGCCCUCAACCCCCAUGAAUCGUUUGCUGAGAUAAUUGUGGCGGCCUUCACUAAAUCCAGACGAUCAAAAGUAAAUUUAGGGACACAAAAUGUCCUUUGCAAUUGCGGUACUGUUGUGCACUUUAUUUUAAAACGAAUAAAAAUUAUCACGUUUUCAAUACUACAAUUAUAAGGAAAUGACAAUGAUUAAUAAUACAAUUAGCGGGGGACAACGGUGAAUCGUAAAAAUAACUACAUCGAAAUAUUCAUAAUGCUGCGUUACUAUACGUUGAUGUUCAAAAUUUGAACGUUGUAACUUAUAUUUUGCUCCAGAAUUGUAACCGCAGUCACUUCGUGGUUUGUUCACAAGAUCCACAACAGGCAUGACUAACGUGAUGAAAUUUAGGUGUUGAUUGUUAAAGUAGUUACGCCUAUAGCUCUAAC